GGCCUUGUGUCAGUCGCGUCGGUGUGAGCUGCGGUCAUUGUGCGCGGUCUCGUCACGUUUAUUUUAGAUGUAGAAACGCACUCCCUAGAUAAAAAAAAUAUUUCCAGACACAACAUUCCAUAUUAUGUUAUCUGGCGGUCUCGGAAGAGUGUCUUCUAAAAGGUUACAAAGUCUUCCAUAGAAAAUAAUAAGCGAUAUAUUAUCUGAGAGAAACGCACAAAUCCACCAACCGUAGUGACACAGUUACGAGCCCCGGGGACACAAAAGGCGAUCUGAUCCGAGUGGUUGGAAAGGCACGGCAGAGAGGGCCCGAGGCUGAGCGACCCGGCCGCCGCUAAACCCAGCUGGGCAGAAGAAAGGAAGACCCAGACACUCGCCUUAGACGACCCCGAGGCAGCGAAGGGGAGGCCAACGCAGCGAGUUUUAUAGUUCCUGAUUCAGAGUCCCUUCUCCUGACGAGUUCAGACGAGUGUGUUAUCUUGUCAAGUAUAAGCAAUAUAUCAACCAUGGCUCGCGAAGAAUCUCCAGAUGUGAUGCAACUGUUCCUCAAAUACCUGGAAGGAAAAAUGGUUGGCGCUGCAAGUCCCGACAUGCUGUGCGGUCCGGAGUGCUUCGUCGGGCCGGAGGUGGGCGAGGACGGCGCCCCCGACCACGCUCUCCUCUACCGCGGGGGCGUCAUCAGCAUCAUCGAGGCCAAGGCUUCUGAGCUCCUCUCCCGCGGCUUCGGCCCGUACCCCCACGUAAACCUCACCACAGAGCACGCCCUCAUCGUCACACGAGCCCUGGCCACGCUCCACGCUCGCGCCAUGGUCACGGAGGCGACGUCCGAGAAUAAGGUCCAGGCCAAGACGCUCGCCGGAAGCACCCCCGUCGCCGAGUCAACGUCGCCCUCGGAAGACACGGUGGGAGGCGAGGACGGCGACGCGGCGGUGGAGAAGGAAGAGCAGAGCAGCCAGCACAGGGUCGCGGAGGCAGGCUGCGUCAAGGACAGGUGGACGGCUCAAGUGUCGCAGCUGCACAUCGUGGAGUCCAACCUGUCGAUCCUGGUGGACGCGCUGCAGAACCUGGGCAGCAACCAGCGGACGGUGCGACGCCUAGAGGCCCUCCGCUCCGAUCUCCCAACACUUACCCAGUUCCUGCAGUUCGCCUCAGCCAUGCAGUCGUGCAGGAUCCCCAGCGUGGGCCCAGUUCAGGUCACCGACGUGUGGGUUCCAGUGGGAGAGGAAGACGAAGAAGUGGUGGCCAUUAGACUCCGCGGAGGCAAAGCUCUGGACGCCCCUCCCCUCCGCGAUGCCGCGUGGGUGUGGCUCACUCUGCUGGGCGGGGAGACCCUUCGGGACCGCUACAUGGAGCUCUGCGACGAGUACUGCAACUCCUUCAACAAGGCUCUGCUGCGACUCGAGGCAGCGAAUCAGGUGGAGGAAAUGUCUUACUUCGACGUCAUGCGCGACCUGGGGGAGAACUUCCUGCACGCCUUCAUCACGGUGCUGCAUAAGUUCGUGGUGUCCGGGUCCUGGUACUUCGACCGCCAGCUCCACACCGAAGAAGGGAUGCAGGCGCUCGUCGAAGUCAUCAGCUUCCUGGUGGAUAACGGCAUCGUGGGAUCCAUCUUUGUCAUCUGAUACGUGGUGCUGAGGGGUGUCUCGAGUCGCCGUCCUGGAGAGUGGCUAAGCGCAGGAAGGAAGGAAGGGGACUAGCACUCUCCCCUGCACUAGCUAGCUCCUCUGUACAGAAGCUCCUCGUUAGUCUCGUAAAUAGCUCACUGUUAUCAUCUAUUAAUACGAAUAACAAAAAUAACCAGAUAAAAAGUAGGUAUUAAAAAGUAGUGGGUGCGUAUGCCAAGUUAAAUGCGAGACAACGAUAAUGAUGCAAGCAGUUUCCAAAAAAAUGAUAUAUUGUGCCUUGGUUUUUUCUCACGCGUUAUCCGCUGCACAAUGAUCAUGAGAGAAGCUGGAUUGAUGGUUCAGUGAAUUUCAUAGUGACGGAUUAGAAGAGAUACGAGUGGAGAAAUGAUACGAAUUAUGGCAUAAUUGUGUGAUAUAUUACUUUUAGAUUUGUAAAAAUUAUAUUCUGAAUAAA